CUCUGUAAGUGGGACCUCCAAUUGCAAAAGGUGAAGCAUCCAAUAAUGCCUAAGAAAUUAUUGACAACCCACCUUCAAUUCUAUCUCUUUCUCCAAAAAUUCUCAGAUCUCCAUCCAUUCCUUCCCAGCACGCAACUUGAGUCCUUAAGGCAAAGUAUCUCCAUUUCUUUAGAAUUCGAAAGGCAGAAGCAAAGAGUAGGGAAUCAAUAUUCCUGGAAGAUCAACAUGUCUUCUCUAAUUUCCAGUUAGAAUAUAACUGUUUCCAUCUUUCGUGUACCUUAUUCCAGCUGAUAUCUCCACCCACUUCUAGCUUCCCACAUAUUAACAAAAGUAAACGUUGAAAGCAGAGAAAACUUAUUGCGCUCAGUGGAAAUCUUAUCCGCUGCUGGAGGUGCUUUUUUAACUAUCGUUUUCGAGAGGCUGUUCAACAAGUUAGAGUAAUAAAUCAAUAUUUCUUUCCAGUAUCUCCAUUUCUUUAGAAUUCAAAAGGCAGAAGAAGCAAAGAGUAGUAAUCAAUAUUUCUGGAAGAU